GCAGCCUUGCGAAGGUCUCGGGAAGAACAGGACAAGAAAAGGACUGGAUUGUUUCGUUUUUUAAUAUUUCAUUCUCAACAGCGUAAAGAUUAAUUUUCAACGAGGGGUCAUUGCGGAAGUUCCUCCACGUUGUAGACCCCAGGAUGGCCACCAAGCUCCUGCAGGCGUGCGUGCGCUGCUCGCGGCUGCACGCGCGCCGCCAGCUGUGUCGGCCGGCGGCGGCUGCUCUGUACCUGCCGCCGGGCGGACCGGCCGCCGGCGGUCUGCUGCCCACCGGCCGGCGCCUGCCCGCCGCCCCCGCCCCCGCCCCCGCCGCGGCGGUGACGCCCGCGCGCCGCUGGAUGAGCUCCGAGCCGCCCCCAGAGGAGGGUGACGGAGACGCGCCGCCGGCGUCGGCCGAGCCGCCCGUGUCGCCGUCCUUCCACCAACUGCCGGCGGCCGUCACCGUGCCAGAGGUGUGGCCCAACCUGCCCGUCAUCGCCAUCAACCGCAACCCCGUCUUCCCCAGGUUCAUCAAAAUCGUCGAGGUGACCAAUAGAUCGCUGAUGGAUUUGAUCAGAAGGAAGGUCAAGCUGAACCAACCAUAUGCUGGAAUAUUUCUCAAGAAGGUUGAAAAUGAUGACGAGGUGGUGUCCCGUCUCUCGGAAAUCCACCCGGUGGGCACGUUCGUGCAGAUCCACGAGCUGCAGGACCUGGGCGACAAGCUGCGCAUGAUCGUGAUGGCGCACCGGCGGAUCCGUGCCGUGCGCCCGCUGCCUGAGGACGCUGACUCGGGACUGGACACGGCGCCGCCCGUCAGCGAUAAUGUGCUGAAGCUGAACUUUCCUGCGUUCCGCGCCUCCGUCACCUCGCCAGUGGAGUCCGGUGAGCCGCCGCUGAGCGGACUCCAGCGGCGCCGGCGGCGGCGGCGCACACAGGACUCUCCUGCUCCUGCGGCGCCCGCCCAGGGGGAGCAGGAGGUGGAGCAGGCCACCGACUCCCUGGACCGACAGGCGGCGGAGCAGGAGACGGCGGAGCAGGAGCAGGAGCCGCCGCAGCAGCAGUCCGGGGACCUGCUCAUGGUCCGCGUGGAGAACGUCACCCACGAGAAGUUCGAGCACACUGAGGAGGUCAAGGCGCUCACUCAAGAGAUCGUGAAGACGGUGCGCGACAUUAUCGCUCUGAACCCGCUGUACCGGGAGAGCGUACAACAGAUGGUGGCGCAGGGCCAGCGCGUGGUCGACAACCCCGUGUACCUGAGCGACCUGGGCGCGGCGCUGACGGCCAGCGAGCCGGACGAGGUGCAACAGGUGCUGGAGGAGACCAACAUCCCCAAGCGUCUGCGGCUGGCGCUGGCCAUGCUGAAGAAGGAGUUUGAGCUGAGCAAGCUGCAGCAGAAGAUCGGCAGGGAGGUCGAGGAGAAGGUGAAGACCCAGCACCGCAAGUUCAUGCUCAACGAACAGCUCAAGGUCAUCAAGAAGGAGCUGGGCCUGGAGAAGGACGACAAACAGGCUAUCGAGGAAAAGUUCAGAGAGAGGAUCAAGGGCAAACAAGUUCCCAAAGAUGUGAUGGAGGUAAUUGAAGAGGAGAUAGGCAAACUGGGAUUCCUGGAGAAUCACUCUAUGGAGUUCAACGUCACUCGCAACUACCUGGACUGGCUGACGGGCCUGCCGUUCGGAGCGCACAGCGAGGAGCGACUCGACCUCGACGUGGCCUCGGAGAUCCUCGACGAGGACCAUUACGGCAUGGAGGACGUCAAAAAGCGCAUCCUCGAGUUUAUCGCCGUGAGUAAGCUGAAGGGUGGCACCCACGGCAAGAUCCUGUGCUUCCAUGGGCCGCCGGGAGUGGGCAAGACGAGCAUCGCGCGCUCGAUCGCCCGCGCACUGAACCGAGAGUACUUCCGGUUCAGCGUGGGCGGCAUGUAUGAUGUGGCCGAGAUCAAAGGGCACCGAAGGACCUACGUCGGAGCCAUGCCAGGCAAGAUGAUCCAAUGUCUGAAGAAGGUGAAAACGGAAAACCCGCUGGUUCUGAUCGAUGAGGUGGACAAAAUUGGAAAGGGCUACCAGGGCGACCCGACCUCGGCGCUGUUGGAGCUGCUGGAUCCCGAGCAGAACGCCAACUUCCUCGACCACUAUCUGGACGUUCCGGUCGACCUCUCCAAGGUGCUGUUUAUCUGCACUGCUAACGUGCUGGACACGAUCCCGGACCCACUGCGGGACCGGAUGGAGAUGAUCGAGGUGUCCGGCUACGUGGCCGAGGAGAAACUCAACAUCGCCAGACAGUACAUCAUACCGCAGGCCCGCACGGACACAGGCGUGAAGGAGGAGUCGGUGACGAUCACAGACGGCGCGCUGGGCACCCUAAUCCGGUCCUACUGCCGGGAGUCGGGCGUCAGGAACCUCCAGAAACAAAUCGAAAAGAUAAUGCGUAAGUCGGCGUUCAAGCUGGUGAAGGAGGACGCCGAGACUUUGACAGUCGACACCACCAGUCUGACCGAGUACGUCGGCAAGCCCAUCUUCACCAGCGACCGCAUGUACCAGCAGACGCCGCCGGGCGUGGUGUGUGGUCUCGCCUGGACGGCCAUGGGUGGAUCCACACUGUACAUCGAGUCCUCGGCGGUCGGCGAGUCGAAACGCGGCGCGUUUGAGGCCACGGGACGGCUGGGAGAUGUGAUGAAGGAGAGUAUCCAGAUCGCGCACAGCUACUGCAAGAAGCUGCUGAGCUCGCUGGAGCCGGGCAACACGUUCCUGGACACCAACCGGGUCCACUUGCACAUUCCCGAGGGCGCCACCCCUAAGGACGGCCCCAGCGCCGGCUGCACGCUGGUAACGGCGCUGCUCUCCCUGGCGCGCGACCAGCCCGUCCGACAGGACCUGGCCAUGACCGGCGAGCUCUCCCUGACCGGCAAAAUACUGCCCGUCGGCGGCAUCAAGGAGAAAGUCAUCGCCGCGAAGCGGGCAGACAUCAAGAUCAUCUGUUUGCCGGAGGAAAACCGAAAGGACUUCGACGACCUGCCUCACUUCAUCCGGGAGGGCAUCGAGGUGCACUUCGUGAGCCACUACACGGAUAUUCUGCCGAUCGCCUUCCCCAGCUAGGCGGCCGUCGGGCCGAGGAACGUUUUGCCGCGUCGUGGAGCGUUGUGUUCAGACAGCGAAUAGUCGCCUAUGGACAGCAUAUGAGCUGUUCGAACCGCAGUGUCCGAGGAGCCGGACAGGCGAGUACCUAUUAUAACCGACCCCGCGGCUGCAGCCACGCGCUCACCGCGGCGGUCGGCCCGGUCGGCGCCGAGGCCCGGGAGUGGUCCGUUUUGUACGCGUCAGCGCGCCUACCGCUUGUAUAGGGUCGCGUUACGGCCCGUGCUGCAGUCAGGGAGGGGAGCGGCGGCGUGGGUCCGCCGUUGGAGCGAUCACGAUUCAUUUCUCAUCGCGCUGUGAUCUGAGCCGUUACAGACGUCGGAGGCCGGCCGAAAUGUGCAGCUGUCUGCCGGUCUGUGUUGCUACUUGCUAUGUCUGUUGAAAAUGACCAAUGUGUAGCUGCUAUACACGUCCGAAUGGAUUA